AUGACCACCGCCAUGGACACACUAGCUCAACAACCUCACCAUAUAGCAGAACCUGCAUACGCAAUUCUGAGAAUAAAGCGGAGAAGAGACGAGGAGCCUCUCGACGCCCUGGUCGUUGAAUCCAAGAGCAGAAGGAAGAAGACGAAAGGGGGGCCUGGCGUGUUUCAGUAUGUGCAAACUGUAGAAGACACGGUGUGGAAUAGCGAAAAGGCACAGAAGGAGCUGCUCGAGGAAAAGAUUCCCCGCCUUGCACGAGAGAAGACGCUACAUGCAGACUGGAAAGCACAAGCCCCUGAUCGACGUUCGCCUCUGCUGAAUAGAAACGACAGGCGGUACACUAUCAUCGAGACGGACCCUCCGCUAUCACCACAGAAGAGCAGCCCACCUGUAGUCUCGGCGUCACAGAACAACGAUACACAGCAGCCAUGCUCAGAUUUCAAGAUGUAUGACGCCGUCCUGGCUACCCCAGCCGAGACGCCUGAUUUGGAUCCAGAAAUGGAGAAAUUCCAGUCCAUGCUCUCCGACUACUUGAAGUUGAACGAGGUGGAUGUUCGACCACAAACCCAGCAACCCAACCUAAUGGUCGACAGCGCAAUGAAAUCACCAGAUACCGAGGGGGACUAUGUGUGGGACGUGUUCUAUCAUCGCCCUGCAACGCUUGCAGAGUGGAACGAGAUCGCUAACGUCGGAACAUUGUCCGGUUUUCCUGCCCCCAACACGGAUUCAUAUUCUUCAGAUUCGGACCAAUCUGAGGAGGAAGAUGAGGCAGACGAGGAUUCCAAUGACGAGGACUAUUAUAAGAAUGAUUACCCUGAUGAGGAAGAUGAUAGUGACGAGUGGCACGAGGAUUCUGACUACGACGAUAUGAUGGGUUAUCACAAUGAGAGGGAGCAGUUUGACUUCUGA